AGCAAGCAGAGUUCGUCCCUGUCGGACCGGGACACGGGAGAGGAUGACUCGGACCCCCUGGAGGACUGUGGCUUCUGGCGGGUGCAGCGGCGGCUCCAAGAGGAGGCCCGGGUGGCACUGGCGUUGGCUCGCCCCAUGGCCCGCAUGCAGGUAGAGGUGGAGAGACAGAUCCAGCUCCACCGUCGCUCGCCUGUCGCCGACCUGGUCAGUGUGUGUGUUGUAGACCUGUCAUUUCUGAUAAGUUGACUUGGCUGAAGAGAGAGGACACUUGAGGCCAUGGUGCUGUCGGAAUAACACAUUUAAUAUAGAAUUCUUCUGGUUAGUGAUCUAGGGUGGUGUAGCGGUCUAAUCCAUAGCCUCAGGUACACGUCUACAGUAUUGACAUAGGUUAGUCGACUUAGUGCUUUUUUGGAACAGCUUUAGCACUUCUGAGAAAUUGGUGGCUACGUAGAUGUAGUGUAAUUUCUAUAUUUUCCCUGCCCCAGAGAUUGUGGUGAAUGAGUUGUGAAUACGACCAUACAGUCAUUGUGUGUCAGGCCAAGUGAAUUCCCCCCUGACUGGAGUUCUACUGAACUGUUGAUAUGUGUGUCAGUGCCCAAACAAACAAUGGUGGGAUACUGGCAUUUAACUCAUCCCGGUUUAAAGAAACUGCUCUAAGUUCAGGAUAAAUGAAAGGAUUGAGUUAUUUGCAUAUACAAUGCCUUCAGAAAGUAUUCACACCCUUUGACUUUUUCCACAUUUUGUUGUGUUACAGCCUGCAUUUAAAAUGGAUUAAAUUGAUAUUUUGUUUCACUGGCCUACACACAAUACCCCAUAAUGUCAAAGUGGAAUUAUGUUUUCAUUUAUUUAUUUACAAAUUCAUUAAAAAUGAAAAGCUGAAAUGUCUUGAGUCAGUAAGUAUUCAAGUAAAAAUGUGCUUAACAAGUCACAUAAUAAGUUGCAUGGACUCACUCUGUGUGCAAUAAUAAUGUUUAACAUGAUGUUUCUAAUGACUACCUCAUCUCUACACCCUACACAUACAAUUAUCUGUAAGGUCCCUCAGUCGAGCAGUGAAUUUCAAACACAGAUUCAACCAUAAAGACCAAGGAGGUUUUCCAAUGUCUCGCAAAGAAGGGCACCUAUUGGUAGAUGGGUAAAUAAAAAAAAAGGCUGACUUUGAAUAUCUUUGCGCAUGGUGAAGUUAUCCAUUACACUUUGGAUGGUGUAUGAAUACACCCAGUCACUAAAAAGAUACAGGCGUCCUUCCUAACUCAGUUACCAGAGAGGAAGGAAACCGCUCAGGGAUUUCACCAUGAGUCCAAUGGUGACUUUAAAACAGUUACAGAGUUUAAUGGCUGUGAUAGGAGAAAACUGAGGAUGAAUCAACAACAUUGUAGUUACUCCACAAUAUUAACCUAAAUGACAGAGUGAAAAGAAGGAAACCUGUACUGAAUAAAAAAUAUUCAAAAACAUGCAUCCUGUAAGGCACUAAAGUAGAACUUUAAAAAAUGUUGCAAAGAAAUUGACUUUAUAUCCUGAAUACAAAGUGUUAUGUUUGGGGCAAAUCCAACACAACACAUCACUGAGUACCACUCUUCAUAUUUUCAAGCAUGGUGGUGGCUGCAUCAUGUUAUGGGUAUGCUUGUCAUCGGCAAGGACUAGGGAUUUUUUUUAGGAUAAAAAGAAACGGAAUAGAGCUAUGCACAGGCAAAAUCAUGGAGCAAAAAACCUGGUUCAGUCUGCUUUCCAACAGACACUGGGAGACAAAUUCACCUUUCAGCAGGACAAUAACCUAAAACACAAGGCCAAAUAUACACUGGAGUUGCUUACGAAGAUGACAUUGAAUGUUUCUGAGUGUCCGAGUUACAGUUGUGAUUUAAAUUGGCUCGAAAAUCUAUGGCAAGAUUUGAAUAAUCUGCAAAUAUUGUGCAAUCCAGGUUUGCAAAGCUCUUAAACUUACCCAGAAAGACACAGCUGUAAUUGCUGCCAAAGUUGAUUCUAACAUUUAUUUUUUAAUUUUUUUAUUUAACCUUUAUUUAACCAGUUGAGAAUAAGUUCUCAUUUACAACUGCGACCUGGCCAAGAUAAAGCAAAGCAGUGCGAUAAAAAACAACAACACAGAGUUACAUAUGGGGUAAACAAAACAUAAAGUCAAAAAUACAACAGAAAAUAUAUAUAUACAGUGACAUGUAUUGACUGAAUACUUAUCUAAUCAAAUGUUAGAAUUCUUCUUCCAUUUUGACAUUAGAGAAUUUUGUGCAGAUUGUUGACAAAAAAAUUACAAUUAAAUCAAUUUUAAUCCCACUUUUUAACACAACAAAAUUUGGAAAAAGGUGAGGGGCAUGAAUACUUUCUGAAAGCACUGUAAUCACCCUAACUAACCCCAAAGGCCCAAAUACGUUACCUUAUUUCUCUCUUCAACAUUAGAUACAGAUGACUGUGCCUAAUGUUCACCUGCUUGUCUAGUUAAUGUUGUUCUAAUGUUGUCCCCAUGUCUGUCUGUGUGCAGCUGCUCCACCUGCCCCAUAUCAGCGAGGGUCUGAUGAAGAGGAGUCUGAGGAGGGGAGACAUGAGGGACAUGAGCCUGGGCCAGCUCCAGGUCAUCACCAACGAUCUGCACUCGCAGAUACAGAGUGAGUACACACACGCACACACACACGCACGUAUGCACACAAACACUACACACACAAUAUGUACGUACACACCACAGGAGGCUGGUGAGGGAAGGACGGCUCAUAAUAAUGUCUGGAAUGGAAUAAAUGGAUUGGUAUUAAAACCCAUAGAAAGCAUUCAAUGUAUUCCGUUCCAGCAAUUACUAUAAGCCUGUCCUCCCCAAUUAAUGUGCCCCCAGCCACAUGUGGUACACACGCAAUCUACCUUUCAUCACCACCAUCAUAACUCUGUUGUUCCGGGGGCUAUGAGGAUGUUAAGAUAACGUUGUGGUGACGUUGCAGGCCUGAAUGAGGAGCUGGUACAGCUGCUGCUGAUGAGAGAUGAGCUCCAUGUGGAGCAGGACGCCAUGCUGGUGGACAUAGAGGACCUGACC